UGAAGUCUUCCACUGUUGAUGUCAUUAGAAUCAUAUGCAGUAAGAAUUUCUGCUUCUUUAUGGAUAUGGAAAUUCUGCCUUUGCUACACAUUUUAUGGUUGACAUAUUUUUAUUUGACAACAGUGUAUGCCUGCAGGGUUGCAACUUUAUAGCUCAUGAUUCUUCAACCUGUGGUUUCUAAAGAAAAAUUUGCCAUGAGGAUAGAUAAUUAAGGGCACGGGUGAAGUCUGGAACUUCACAUGAAGAUAAUCUGCCUCCCAUUCACAUACCCAAAUUUAUCCCAUAGAUCUGCAGCUUAACUUGUCCUACUUGAUUUAAUAUUUCCAGCACAUGGAUUUUUAGUAUAGACUGUAUUUUGGAGUAUGUCUUUUAUAAUAAUGCUAAGCAAGAACACAUCAAGUUUUGGGAUGAACUCUUGUAUCCUUAGUCUAGGUAAAGAAAAUUUUACGUGGGCACUUGAUAAACUUUUUCUUUUCAUGACAGGGAAUCUUGACAUUCCAGGAUGUGGCAAUUGAUUUCUCUCCAGAUGAGUGGGACUGCCUCGACUUUGCAGAAAGGGCUUUGUACAGGGAAUUCAUGUUGGAGAACUACAGUAACAUGGUCUCUGUGGGUCUUUCAGUGCCAAAACCAGACCUGAUCAGCUUUCUUGAACAAGACAAAGAGCCCUGGAAUGUGAACAUAGGAGAGACAGAAGGCAAUGAACAAGUUUUAUAUUCUCAUCAAACACAAGACUUAUUUUCACAAGAGAAUAGACAAGAUUGUAUCCAGAAGUUGGUAUCAGGAAUAGCUCAUAACCAGAAACAAGGGAGGCAUUAUAUAAACAAUCAAAAUGAAGAGAGACAAAACAAUUAUAUAGAAUUUGGAAAGUGCUUCAACAGAUAUGCAUGCCCCACUAUGCAUAAGAUAAUUAAUUCCAAAGAGAAGGCAGGCAAAGGUAAAGAUUGUGGCAAGUCAUUUAUCCGUCACACAAACUUUCAAUCUCACCAGAGAAUCCAUACUGGUGAGAAACCUUACAGAUGUCAAGAAUGUGGCAAGUCCUUUACCUGGGCCUCAGCCCUUCACACUCAUCACAGAAUCCAUACUGGUGAGAAACCUUAUAGAUGUCAAGAAUGUGGCAAGUCCUUUACCCAGCUCUCAAAUCUUCAUAUUCAUCACAGAAUCCAUACUGGUGAGAAACCUUACAGAUGUCAAGAAUGUGGCAAAUCCUUUACGUGCGUCUCAACGCUUCUAUCUCAUCAAAGAAUUCAUAGUGGUGAGAAACCUUACAGAUGUCAAGAAUGUGACAAGUCCUUUGCCAGAGCCUCAAAUCUUCAUAACCAUCAAAGAAUUCAUACUGGUGAGAAACCUUGCAGAUGUCAAGAAUGUGGCAAGUCCUUUACCUGGGCCUCAGCCCUUCACACUCAUCGCAGAACCCAUACUGGAGAAAAACCUUAUAAAUGUCAAGAAUGUGUCAAGUCCUUUACCUGGGUCUCAAAUCUUCAUAUUCAUCACAGAAUUCACACUGGUGAGAAGUCUUAUAGAUGUCAAGAAUGUGGCAAGUCCUUUACCCAGGUCUCAACUCUUCACACUCAUCACAGAAUCCAUACUGGUGAGAAACCUUACAGGUGUCAAGAAUGUGGCAAGUCCUUUACCCAGUCUUCAGAUAUGAAGGAUCACCAGAGAAUACAUGCUGGUGAGAAACCUUACAGAUGUCAAGCAUGUGGAAAGUCAUUUACCCGGGUCUCAACUCUUCAUAAUCAUCACAGAACCCAUACUGGUGAGAAACCUUACAGAUGUCAAGAAUGUGGCAAGUCCUUUACCCAGGUCUCACAUCUUCAUAAUCAUCACAGACUCCAUACUGGUGAGAAACCUUACAGAUGUCAAGCAUGUGGCAAGUCCUUUGCCCGGGUCUCACAUCUUCAUAAUCAUCACAGAACCCAUACUGGUGAGAAACCUUACAGAUGUCAAGAAUGUGGCAAGUCCUUUACCUGGGUCUCAAAUCUUCAGAGACAUCACAGAAUCCAUACUGGUGAGAAACCUUACAGAUGUCAAGAAUGUGACAAGGCCUUUACCCAGAUAUCAGCUUUUCACACUCACCACAGACUCCAUAGUGGUGACAAACCUUUACAAAUGUAA